CAGCGACUUAUAGCGGGACUGCGGAGGGCAUUCUGACACUGGGGGGAAUCGACUUGGUGUCACUGACAUCCCCAGUGACACCAAUACAGUGAUCAGUGCAAACAAAAAGCACUGACAUUGUACUAAUGGCACUGGGCAAGAAGAGGUUAACAUGUGGGGCGAUCAAAGGGUUAAAUGUGUGCUGUAUGCUGUUUCACAUUAUGUGCUGUGUGUGCUUUCAACUGUAAGCACACUGCUAUGCAGAGCCAUACAAAGUCGUGUGCAGGAGCGGAAGGGAGAGAACUGUAUUGUUUACAACUGUCUCCCCCAUCGGACUAAUACUCAGUGAUCACGGGGUGCCGGCGAGUAAUCACCCGGUGAUUGACAGCUGAGCUGCGAAACUGC